AUGGCCGAUCAGGGCGACGGAGGGGCUCCGGCUCCGGCGGCGCCGGCGCCGGCCGUUGUGCUGGGAGCACAGCCGGAAGAACCUGCCGGGGAUGCAGGCGUGGAGGAGCCGCUGGAAGUGCUGGAUGCUCCCGUGCUGGAUGCUCCGGUGCCAGUGGUUGGUGAAGGCGGGGAGGACCCGCAGGAAGAAGAGGCCUUGGAUGGAGGUGACAAUCAGGCGCCGGCUCUGGAUGAAGGAGUGGUGGACCUGCUGACGGAGCUCGUGGAACUGGAUGAACCCGAGCCGGAGGAUGUGGACGAGUCAGCUGUUCGCAACCUGAUGGACGAACUGGCGCAAGGGGAGCCCAAGAAACGGAAAAUCGACUACACGCUGGUCACACAAGGACCGACGACUGCUGGCGGAUCCGGUGCCGGUGUUGCAACCCUCCCCAAGGCAGGCCCUUCUAUGUCGAUCUACACGAUGCCUUCCAUGGUGCCGCCGGCCGGAGCAGCUCCUCCCGUGAUCAUCCCGGGCCUGCCUUUCGUGGGAGUGCCACCUGUGGGAGCUGGCGGGAGGCCACGAUUACCAGUGCUGGCUACCGGCCCUGGUACCGGGGCGUUACAGCCGUGUCCCUCCUGCCACACAGCAAUCAGGCAGCCAAACCAGGCUCGCUUGGGCAUGCCCCCACCCAAUCGUCCAAACCCGCACUUCUGCUUGUGCCUGCGGUGCCAGGAAUGGCUGGAACGGAGGAUUCAUUACUGCGAGAUAUGCCGUGAUUUCUAUGCGAUGAACCCAGGUUUGAGGAGCAAAGAAGAAGCAAGUUUUAAUCUGCUAUGUAGAUCAAAUUCUUAUGGAAACGCUAAAAAUCUGAUGUCGGAUUUUUAG